GGGGUGAGAGGAUGAACGCGACUUUUUUGGCCGAGGAAUAGGUGGCUACAUCUUUCCUUAUUUGGAAAUCUUUGGAGGCUGGUGCUUUGAGUGCGAUUGUGUUAGGUGCGUUUUGCGCAUUCAUGUUGGUAGUCCUUGCAGCGACCGCAAAUGCAGCGAUCCUGGCGUUCGUCCUGUGCAUUUCCGCUGUCAGCGCCUUUCUGGCUUUCUUCUUGACGACACUCUCGGUCAUCUACUUGGUUUCGUUGGCGGUCUCGGCAGCGUUCAUCUCCAUUCUCACUUUUGCAGCGAUUUCGGCGACCGUCUGUAUCGCCUUCACGGUGGCCUUCCUGUGGGUUGUCGUCCGCAGUCUGAAGUUCGGAGUGCAGUGCGCACGGACCAUGGCGCUGUCAUCGGGCGAACAUCCGAUGCUACCCCCCACGGUACCACUCUCCACGACGGCAACGACUCCCGUCUCCUUGAAUAGCAGAGGGAGCUAUGCGAAACUCGACGGCUUCGACUACUGCGGCCCGGAGCUGGACGGCAUCGUUCUCACGAAACCCGAUGCUAGUACGCCUGCGAGUAUGCCUGCGCAUCCUGGGAACACGAGAGUUGACGUCCCCGCCGACGCUGGUGCGAAGUAGAUCACAAUAACCACACCAUUAACAAACAAGAGUGAAAACCCCUUUCCGUCAAACAGGGAACUCCACAGCCAGGAUAAAAAACUCCGCAGCCAGACGGAAUCGAACCGGUGAAACCUCAGCCAUAUAAGCCGGACGCCUCUGUUGCGAACUCUGCUGGUGCGAAGUAGAGAAUAGGAGAGGAAAGAUAGAUACGGUGAAGAAGAUUUUGCUGCUGAAAAAAUGGAGGAAGAGACAGAGGACAGGUGGCACUUGUGAAGGGUCCAAAGUGGGGGGGGACAAGAAGACAUCAAAUGUGGAUGUUUGUGGAAGAUUGAGUGAAAGUUAAAGCCGCUGUCGCCGUCGAUGCUUGCGGCAAGGAUGGCGCGAGGAGAAUGGUGCUUUUUUAAAGAUUCGGUGGAUGUAGCGAAGAGAGAGACUGUAUCAAGGAAAUGGAGGAAGCAGAGUGAAAACGCACAUAGGCAUGCUGCCGGUGCUUGUUCCUCGUAAAGGAAAACAGUGACAAGCGAAAAUGGAUGUCAUGGGAGUGAUUGGGUAAGUGGUGGGCAUAGAUGGUUCUUUGUCAGCAGAGCUGUUCCCGGUGUCCUCAAGGAGCUUUUGCUGUCAUCCCUCUUGUCGUCUACACCGAGAG